CGGAACACCGACCCAGAAGAAAAGGACUCGUAAAUUCUGCACCUUUUUUCUUCUCCCGUGUUUAAAAUCAUUGUUUUGUCAAAAAGUCUUUUGCUUUUCUUUUGAACAGUUCCUCUGAAAACAAAGGUUGUGUCUUGUUGGGUUUGUAAUUGAUGGCUGAAGACAGUGUGAGUAGCUUUGGAACGACUGAAAUGAUGGCGAGGAGGGACUCUACUGGGAAGGCAGUAGCAUCAAAGCCUAAAGAGAAAGAGAUCCCUCGUUACCUCAGAGCAUCCACCGGUUCUUGCCACGAUAUCUGCAAGUACGGCAAGAAGCAGGUAACCGUGGAGAAACCGUGGCGUUCGACUAACAGAAAGAUCUUCAAGAAAGUGAAUGAUGAUGCUUUGGUCGAAACUAUGAAGCCUGGCUCUUCUAAAACUAAGAAGGUUACGACAAAGAAGGUCACUCCUGAUGAUGAUGGUUCUUCUGAGAUGAUGAUGAUCAAGAGAGAGGUUGUGAAGCAUCAAGUGAGUGGGGUGAAGAAGCCAGAGGUGUUGAUAAUACCAUCUGGUGAUGAAACUCCUGUGAAGAAGAAAGUGACAUCAUCAAGUUCCAAGCUUAAACCUUCACCAGAUUUGGGAGCUCGUAGUGUUGAUGCUAUGAAGCCGAAGGUCUUGAAGAAAUCUUAUUCAGCACUAGCAACGUCCAAAUCUAAAGUGAACAGCGAGAAAGCUGCUUCUCCAUCGGUUCUGAAACCCAAAAUGGGAUCAAAAAGUGAAGAUGCAAAGAUGAAGAAGGCUACAGCUUCCUCCAGAGUUGUUUUAAAGAAGGUUCCAGUGACGCCAAGAGCUUCUCUUUCUCCAAGAUUACCAAUGAGACUAGCUGGAACUUCAAGUUUGAAGAAGAGUCAGAGCUUAAAGGCUGCCUCCUCCUCCUCCUCUUCUCGACCAAAUCAGAAACUAAGACGUGUGAAGCGCACUGAUGAGUCUGACAAGCAGGUAGAUGGCUAUCCAGUGGAGGAGAAAACAUUGCACGUUGUGGAAAUGGAAACAAAGAGCAAAGCUGUGUCUGAACAUGAUCAGAAUCAGCAGUGCGUUGCUGAACCUUUUCCUCCUCUUCUACAGCCUCAAUCAACUGAGAAAGACGAUGAGUGUCCUGUUUCGGAGACAGAGGAGUAUGAUUACCCUUCAGGAAGCAACGAGGCUGAGAGCGUAAUAGAAGAAGAGAUCGAAACCUCCAAUGGAGAGGAGAGGAAACCAAGAGUGAGGAAGGAAGGAGAGUCUGCAGAGGAAGCUGCUAGGAAGCUACAUUUCAGGAGAGGGAAAGUUGUGGAUGCUGAUGAUGUGGGCGAGAGUGCGAGGAAACUCAAGUUUAGGAGAGGAAGAGAUCUUGGUGAAGACAAAGCGCAAGAUGCACAGGUCAGAAGAAGCUUUAAGAAGAGGGAAGACGUCAAAGAAGAUGAGGAAGAAGAUGAAGAUGGUGAAAAAGUUGUGUUGAGGCAUCAAGACGUUCAGGAGAAAGAUGCACAGGGACUGCUCAACAAUGUCAUCGAAGAAACAGCGAGUAAACUUGUUGAAGCUCGAAAAAGCAAAGUCAAAGCUUUGGUUGGUGCUUUCGAAACUGUCAUCUCUCUUCAAGAGUCUAAACCUCCUGCUAACUCUGAAACUGGUAAUUCGAGCCCGGUUUGAUGUGGUUUCGGUUUGCUGGAAACUUCAAGAAAGAUUGAUUGAUGCAUUCAUAUUUAAGGAUAUGAUGUCUCAGCCGUAUAUUGAUAUGGUGCUUUGUGAAUAAUACUCUGAUGGAUUGUGUUAUGUGUUUAGUUUUGGUUCUUCUGAACCGGUUUGUUGGUUUUCAUUUGGAUGUGUACAGACAAAAAAAGACUAGUUUUCUUUACGUUUUCAUCUCUUGUUGGUUAUUGUUU